UUUCGCGGCAGACGUAUCCUCAUGUGAUUUUCGCCGCCCAUGGCGGCGGACAGAUCUCCCUCGAUCAGCCCUUGCACGGCGUCAUCUGGCGAGGGUCCGAAGAGGCCGAAGGGGCCGAAGGAGAAGAAGCCCAAGGCAGCACCCAAGGGACAGUCGAAGGAGAAGGCAGCUGCAAAGCCAAGACCGGCCAGAAAGGAGCGACCGCCGGCUGGCUUCGAAAAGGAUGCUGGGCCAUCACCGAAUGAGGAGAAGGAGAAAGAUACACAGGCGGCAGAUGGGUCCGACAAGAUGCGGGCAGCCCUGCAGGCCCUGAAACAGCGCCGGGCAGACUUGGACGCAGCCCACCAGCAGUUGGAGGAGCUUCGACAGCAGCUGAAGGCUGCGAAAGCGGAGCUGGAGACGGAGAGGGCCAAGGUGUCAGGGACGGAGCAGCUGCAGUCGGCGCUGCAGAGCCUGAAAUCCGAGCUGCAGACCACGGAGCUCGCGAAGGCCUCCUUGGCUUCAGAGGCUGAGAUCUUGAGGUCGCGGGAGAAAGAGCGCAAGGCGGAACUGGAGAAGCUCCGGGAGGCGCUCUCGGAGUCCAAGGCGGAGGCCACGGCGGUGCGCUCGCAGCUGCUGCACGCCAUGCAAGAGAAGUCCAGCGCCGAAAAAGAAGCUGAAGCUUUGCGACAGAACAUCUCCGCAGCGAAGAGCGAGUUGGAGGCGGCCAAAAGGAAAGAGGCCAGCCUGAGCAGCGAAGCCUCGCAGCUUCGCUCUGAGCUGGAUGCAGCGCAGAAGGCGAAGGCCUCGGCCCUGGCAGAUGCUGAGCAGCUUCGUGUUUGCCGCCAUGACCUGGAGGAGGCCCGGAAAAUGCAGGCAGCCUACUCUGGCCAAGUGGACUCUCUGCGCACCGAGCUCAUUGGUGCGAAGGUGGCGCUGGGCAAGGCGGAGGGCAUGCGAGAUGCCGCCGUGCACGAAGUGGAGGCCAUGAAAUCCCAGUUCACCUUGCUGCAUGGAGAGCUCGAAAAGCAAGGCCUUGCGAGCUUGGCAAAGGACCCGCUUGCCGCAUGGCGCACAGGGGGCGGCUCUGCGAGCAUGGAAGCGCGAGUGGAAGUCGAGGCCGCCUGGUCGCUGGUGGGGCCUGGCCUGGAGAGGCUGCAGCGGGCGCUGUGCUCCGCUGGCCUCCUUGAGGUGAGCCGCCGGGUUGAAGAGCCGCGGGAUCCCCGCAAGGAGGCGCCCAAGGAGGUGCCGCCAGCGGGGCGCAAAGGCAAGCGAGAGCGGGAGGAGAAAGGCGCCAAGCGGGAAGAUGCCAAGGAGCGUGAGAAGAAAGAGAAGAAGGACAAGAAGAAGAAGGACAAAAAGGCGAAGAAAGAGGCCGAAAGCAAGCCAUCGAAGGCAUCUCCGGCGUCUGGCAGCUCAUCCUCGGAGGAGGUACGACAAGUGGCUGGGCCAUCCAUUUUGAGGGCAAAGACAUCCUCAAGCCGGCGCCAGAGACACUCAGGUGCCCGGAUUCGCUUCAACGGAGCUUCCGAGGUGGAAGUGGUGUCCUUCCGUAGCUGCGGGGACAGCUUGUGGUUUCCGAACCCUCAAGCCAGCGUCGUGUGCGACAGCUGCGAAAAGCGCGUGCCGCAGAGGAUGGGCCAGCUCAAGGGGGGAAGUGGCCGGUCCUCCUUCAUGUGCGACAAGUUCAUUUGCAAUGAGUGCGCAGGUUGAUCUGGGCGAAAGGGGAAA